UUCUGUAUGCGGCGCGUCCACCAGCAAAGAGGAGGAUAUUGUAAAUCACUCCGGGAAAAGAAUACAAGCCGAACAUCUACGUUCUGAACAAAGGUGUCUUUCAACGUCAGAAAUGAGUAAAGACUAGAUGAGCGGUAUCAUUUAUCUCACGGUUUGAUACGGAUACAGUCAUCCAUGAGAAGUGACACAGUGUUUCUGUGAUUGUGAGAGUCCAGUCUGAUGGUCAGGGAUGUGCCAUGGCAUCGGUUCGGGUGGCAGUACGGCUCCGGCCCAUGAACAGACGGGAGAAAGACCUGUCUGCCAAGUGCAUCAUCGAAAUGGAGGGAAACAAGACAACUGUCACGAACUCAAAAUUACCAGAUGGUGUGACUGGAGAUUCUGUGAGAGAAAGAACGAAGACGUUCACAUACGAUUUCUCCUACGACUCAUCGGACUCUAAAAAUGCCAACUUUGUCUCGCAGGAGAGGGUGUUUAAGGAUCUGGGCACUGAUGUUUUGAAGGCAGCUUUUGAAGGAUAUAACGCCUGCGUCUUUGCCUAUGGCCAGACCGGAUCGGGGAAGUCACACACAAUGAUGGGCAUGCCUGGUGAUGUCGGGCUGAUCCCACGAAUCUGUGAAGGAUUAUUCAGUCGGAUUUUAGGCAUGACUCGAAGAGAUGAGGCUUCUUUUCGCACUGAGGUCAGUUACCUGGAGAUUUACAAUGAACGAGUCCGGGACUUGUUAAGGAGAAAGAUGGCAAAGACAUAUAAUCUCAGAGUGAGAGAGCAUCCAAAAGAUGGACCCUAUGUCGAAGACCUAUCGAAGCACCUUGUCCAGAACUACAGUGAUGUGGAAGAGCUGAUGGAGGCGGGCAACAUCAACCGUACCACGGCUAGCACAGGCAUGAACGAUGCCAGCAGCCGCUCGCACGCCAUCUUCACCAUUAACUUUACACAGGCUAAAUUUGACGCUGAAAUGCCAAGCGAGACAGUCAGUAAGAUUCAUCUAGUUGACCUGGCAGGAAGUGAGAGGGCUGACGCCACAGGGGCCACUGGCGUUCGACUCAAAGAGGGCGGCAAUAUCAACAAAUCACUGGUCACUCUGGGCAAUGUCAUCUCAGCCUUAGCUGAUCUGUCACAGGAAGGAUUAAACAGUCAUUUGAAGAAGAAGCAGGUGUUUGUCCCAUACAGAGACUCCGUGCUCACCUGGCUCCUGAAAGACAGUCUCGGAGGAAACUCCAAAACCAUUAUGAUCGCAACUAUUUCGCCUGCAGACGUGAACUACGGCGAGACGCUGAGCACAUUGCGCUACGCCAACCGCGCCAAAAACAUCAUCAACAAACCCACGAUUAACGAAGAUUCCAACGUGAGACUCAUCCGAGAGCUCCGGGCCGAGAUCGCUCGACUUAAAGCUCUGCUUGCACAGGGAAACCAGAUUGCACUACUUGAUUCGCCCACAGCAUUAAGUAUGGAAGAAGAACUACACCAUAAUGAAGCCAGGGUUUUAGAGCUGACAAAGGAGUGGACGAACAAGUGGAAUGAAACUCAAAACAUCCUGAAGGAAGAGACUCUGGCUCUGAGGAAGGAGGGAAUCGGAGUGAUCCUAGACUCUGAACUUCCUCAUCUCAUCGGGAUCGAUGAUGACCUGCUGAGUACCGGCAUCAUUCUCUAUCAUUUAAAGGAGGGAAGGACAUAUGUUGGUCGUGAUGAUGCUACUACUGAGCAGGACAUUAUUCUUCAUGGUUUGGGUCUGGAGAGUGAACACUGUUUGAUAGAGAAUCAGACUGGACGAGUGACUCUUAUCCCUCUGAAUGAUGCUCAGUGUUCAGUCAAUGGAGUUCAGGUCACAGAGCCCUGUCAGCUCAACCAAGGAGCUGUUAUUCUACUCGGCCGAACCAAUAUGUUCAGAUUUAACCAUCCCAAAGAGGCAGCAAAAUUAAGAGAGAAACGAAAGAGCGGCCUUCUGACCACUGGUCUGAGUUUAUCCAUGAGCGAUCUGUCCAAAUCCUGUGAAAACCUCUCCACGGUCAUGCUGUAUAACCCUGGACUGGAGUUUGAGAGGCAACAAAGGGAAGAACUGGAAAAACUUGAAACUAAAAGGCGGCUAAUAAAGGAGAUGGAAGAAAAGCAGAAGAGUGAAAAGGCGGAGCUCGAGCGCAUGCAACAGGAGGUGGAGUCUCAGAGGAAAGAGUCCCAGCAGGUGCAGCUGCGCAUACGCAGACAGGAGGAGAGUCUCCGCAGACGCAGUCAAGAUAUCGAAAGCCGCCUCAGAGACCUGAUCGCUGAGAAAGAGCGAUUCCAGGAGGAGAGACACAGGGACCAGAAGGAGCAGCAGGAGGAGAAACAGAAGAGACAUCAGCAGAAACAGCUGGAGGAAAAGGUGCAUGAAGAGGAUCUGGAGAAAGCGAAGGCUCAGGCCCAGCGAGAGCGAGCAGAACAAACCGAACUCUUUCGUGAACUGGAACGCCUUAAACGAGAGAGAGAGGAGCAGGCUGUCAAAUUACAAAUAGAGCACAGACGUCUGGAAGAGCGAGAGAAGGAGCAGCUGAGCCUGGUCGGGCGUCUGGAGGAGCAGCUAAGGGAACGCAGCGAGGAGGCGGCAUCCCUGCUCACGCCGGAUGACGUCCGUCGCCUGGAGCAAGAGAGACGGACGCUUGCCGAGCUGAGGGAGGAGCUUCUCAGAGCAAAGGAGGCACGGAUUGACGGAGAGGAAGAGGGAGGGGAGGAGGCGCGGAGGAGCGCGCAGGAGCGGUAUGAGCAGUUCAAGAAGGCCCAGGUGGAGGAGCUGGGUUUGCUGGAGGAGUCACUGAUUCAGCAAAGGGACAGGCUGGAGAUAGAGGUGGCCAGUGAACAGAAGUCACUCAGUCUACUGCUUCAUACACACCGGGGCAAACAGAUACAGGUUCAUGACAUGAUGGAGCGUGGCUUGCAGGACGUCUCGUCUCUGAGUCAGGAGGAGGUUCUCAUCCAGCAGACAGAACACAAGCUUCAGUUUAAAGAGAGACAGCUGCUCUCUCUGCGUGAGAAACAUCUACCUGCCGUGUCUGAAGAGCGACAGAGAGCCAGCGAGCUGCUGGAGAGGGAAAUGGACAAAGUGCUGGAUGAGACGCUUUAUCAGGUAGAGAAGGAGCUGGAGGAGAAGGAGGAACGCUUGUCUCAGUACAGCGCGAGCGCCGAGCAGUUGCAGCAGCUCCAGCAAUCGUACGAAUUCACGGCCAACGUGGCCCGUCAGGAGGAGAAAGUUCGGCGGAAGGAAAAGGAGAUCCUGGAGUGGAAGGAGAAACAGCAGCGGGAAGCGCUAGAGCAAGCCGUCGUUCGAUUGGAGAAGAGGCACUCGGCCUAUCGCAGGAGCCUCAGCCUCGAACCUGAAGCCAAAGGACCCCGCAGGAGGUCCCAAUCUGAACUGAGUCAAAGCACUUUCAAGUCGACAGGAACACAAGACCUGGACCAGGAGAGGUGUGUUGUUGCGUUUUGGAUGGAGAGAGAGAUCGCUCAGCUGAAGCAGAGGAUCAACGAAAGUGAAGGAAGUGGGCGGAGUCUAAGCGUAAGCAGCGAGGAGAAGAAUGUGAACCAGUCGCCCGUCAGCCCCAUACAGACCCUCCCCUCUGUAAUGUCAAUAGGGGAUGAGAGGAUAAACGUAUAUAUCGAAGAAGAGGUCCAGCGGAGACUGCAGAAACGAAACCUGCUUAACACAGAGAAUAACAACACUCUCACACUAUCAUCAGACUCACUACAGGACAAUAAUAAGAAACAAAAUGAUUCACGCAAACUGAAAUACGAGCGGCUGAUGUCGAUUCCUCUGGAUCCGAGUCCAGAUAGUCUUAAAGAUCCGGUAAAAAUCAGCAUCCCACGUUACGUCAUGUGCGGACAGGGCAAAGAUGAGCACUUCGAGUUUGAAAUUAAGAUCACCGUUUUGGAAGAAACCUGGACGGUGUUUAGAAGAUACAGUCGCUUUCGGGAGAUGCACAAAUCUCUCAAAUUAAAAUAUCCAGAGCUCGCAUCUUUGGAUUUCCCUCCCAAAAAGAUUUUUGGAAACAAAGACGAGAGAAUGAUCGCAGAACGACGAAAUCAGUUAGAGCAAUACCUGCGCAAUUUUUUCCAUGUGAUGAUGUCGUCGUCGUCUUCUCCCCUCAAGACGGACGAAUCAGGACUACAAGUCUCAAAACAUGCAAUCUGCAGCAUCUCUCCUUUCUUUAAGAAGGGGGUCUUUGACUACAGCAGCCACGGCACGGGCUGACACGCGUCUCAUACGGACCCGAUACAAACUCCAAUAAAACGCACACGCUCGGAUUUAAA